GUGGGACCCAGGAAGGUGAAUUGGGGUACAUGGGAAGAGCUAAUACUUGGUAGUGCUGUUCGGCGGCAUGGGACGAGGGAUUGGAACGUCGUCGCAUCGGAGCUCCGUGCACGGACUAUUUAUCCUCACGACUUUACCCCUGAGGUUUACACUUAUUUUCGAUUAUAUGCCACUAUGUUUUUAUGAUAGGGACAACACGCCUUUUUUGUUUAUUUGGGUCUGUUCGUAAUCUUCGCUUUUUUUUUUUUUUAUUUAAUCUUUCGUUAUGGAAGAAUUAUUGUUGUUUUGUCGUAUAGUUUAUUUUAUUUAUUGAUUAAUUUGUAAAUGUGGUUUGGUCUCCUUAUCAGCCUGAUUUUGUGGGGCCCAUAUCGUAGGAUAAUUAAUAUUGUAACUUUCAACAACCUUUAUUAUUUUCAAUUAUGCAUUGGUCCAUAGCCAAAUUUAGCUCCCACCUUGCAAUAGAUUUAGAAGUUCGAAACUCUGAAUUUUUAAAGUUGUGGUUUUUAAAAUUGAAAUUUUGGGAGUUAAAAAUUGGCUCAAGUUUUAAAAUUUAAUCCAAAAUCUAUGGUAAGCGAUCGAUUAUAAAUUUAAAUAUGUGGGUCUUAGGUAUUAGGAUACUUACUCCCACUAAACUUGCAAGAAAGGAGCAACUGAAUACAUAUUCUUUGAUUAUACUCUUGUUUCAAUUUGUUUGUACGUAUUAUCCGUUCCAACUUUUCAUGUGGCGUGUUAUUAAAGGGUCAUUUUGGUAUGUUUUACACUUCUUCACCCGACAAAUAAAUUCAAACAGAGGGAGUAUGAAGUUCAUGGCAUAACUAUAGCACUCUAUUCCUACCUUAGUUUAUAACCUCGGUUUCUUGUCUGCACCGGGCGUGAGUAAGUUUUUUCAUUUGUGACAGAACUUCUUUAAAAUGUCCUUUAAAUGCGUGCUUAAUAUUUUGAAAGAUUCAACCAAAGUAUUUUGGAGAGUCCGAAUAACAUAAGUUAACAACUUUUGACGCUCUCUCCAUCCUAAUUUAUGUAAAGGUGUCUGUCUAUAAUAAGCCAUAGAAAUUUUUGUGGCUUUAAUUCAGCUCAAUAAUGAUAAAAUUGAAGUUUGAAGUGAAAUUGUCCCUAAUUAUAUAAAAAGAUAUCAUUCUUUUGGGAUUAAACAAAAAUAAACGAGGGUCACAUAAAUAGGAACAGAUGGAUUAUAAAAAAAAAAAAAAUUCUUGGAUAAGUAGUGAAUUAUUGGUUGUGUCACUAUCUGUCCUAGUACUAAAAUUGAGUAGAUAGAAUUACAAUAUUAUAGUAAUUGUGUGGCAGGAGGAGUUUGGUUGGUAGACUGUCAAGGUAUCUGAAGCUUUUUUCUUGUCAUAAUGGUGUUGGUCCCUACCCAAACUAUUGUCCUUAUUAAUGUUUGAACAUGUGGCUGCCAUAUAGAGCAGUGACCCUAAUGGAAAAACAGGAUCUUUUUUGCUAGUGGUUUAACGCACUUCAUAUGUCAGUGUUUCUUCAUUUCUUUUAUAUUUUAGUUUCCCACUACCAAGAUUUAUCUGGAUGAUCAAGUUUUUUUUAUAUCUGAUUAAAAGUUGCAAGCUUUAUAGCUAUGUUGCUCCGAAUCUCCGCAAAUGUUGUUGUACCCGUGUCGAAUCUUUCGAAAAUACAGAAUUUUUGAAGGAUAUAUUUAAAGAAUCCCCCCGCUCUCUGCAAAGUUAUUGCCUUUCCUCUCGAUCAGUUGAUCUUAGAGUAGAAUUCUUCUGCAAGAGUGCUUGGUUUGAAGAGUUACGAAAGCGACGAGUUGAAGAACUGAAGCGGGAAUUGGUGAGAUCUGAGAGCUCCAUUGGGUCUCUUCAGUUGAAGAUUGAAAGCCUAAAAGCUGAGAGAGAGCGAUCCGGUCAGCUAGACUACGGUUUGAGUCACACUGAAUCUCCUGCUCCUCUGACAAAAUCAGAAGAUAUUGAGUUUUCUGUGAAAGAAGAAGCAAAGGACGGUUUGUCUGCUGGCAGCUUCACGCUCGAUAUUAGAACAAACCAGUCUCCUGAGUCUCAGGUUCCCGCCAUACCCUCAGCUACAGAGACAGUUGUAAAGCUAGAACCUUUGGAGUCUUGGGAACAGGACAAAGCUCCAAGUACAAGCAAGGUUACAGAGGCUGCCAAUGGAAAUGGAGGGGCUGUGAGGAAGAGAAGAGGUAAGAGGAGAAGAAAAGACUCUGUUUGGGAUGCCAAAGAAGGGAGCAUUGAGGACAGUGACAAUGUAUGUUCAACGAGUCUCGCCUCCACUUCUCACUGUAAAGAAAUACUAACCAGUUGUGAUCAGAGUAUUAGGCAUUCUGCCGUAAGCAAUCAUAGAGGAUGUUUAUCUAGGUUUAGGAACGAUGACUUGAUGAGGAUUUUCAAUUCUAUUACACAGCACGAAGCUGCUAUGGUCUUCAGGCAUCGUCUUGAUAGUCAGAAGAGAGCAAGAUACAAGAAAAUUAUAAGGCGUCAUAUGGAUAUAGAAACAGCAAGAUCAAGACUAGCCAACUGGUCCAUCAAAACACCAGGUGAACUCUUCAGGGAUUUCCUUUUACUAGCCAACAAUGCCAUGGUAUUUUACUCAAAGAGGACAAGAGAAUACAAAUCAGCAAUGGCCUUAAGAGACAUUGUCACUAAAGUAUAUCGCGAACAUUACAAAGACUCUUACUACAAAGCUACAUCAUCCCUCCUUCCAUGGCCAACAAUCGGUAAUCCACCUGGGAAGCCACGAAGUGUUCGCCCUCGUCCUUCUAAGGACAAACUUCAAGCCAAGUAUGGCAACAAUGUGAAAGACAUCAUUGGCGGAACACUUGGAAAACAGAAUCAUAAAGCAGUUGAUGCUGAUUCUAAGGUACCAUUGCAAUCUUUCUUAUCAGCUAAGAAGGGCUUCAAGAGGCCUGGAAAGAUCAAGUGUGGAUCGACUAUCGAGACUGUCAAUCCACAACCUAAAGUACAAGCUAAGGAACCCUCACAACAUAAUAUUAAGGUUAAAAAGGACCAUCGAGUUAAGCCUGUAACCAAAGAGAGGAAAAGGGCUCGGCAAAAGUGAUUUGCAGAUUCCAUAGUCCUUUGUUACUUAAUCUAAUCCUCUUUCCUUUUUCUUAAUUAUCUUUUGGGGGGUAUAGAAUUUUUCUCUUUAUCAUCUUUCCAAUUUUGUGUAGGCAUUUUGCACUAGGGUGUGUAAUAUAAUACUAAUGAACUUGUGGAUAAUCUAGGCUUCAAAUUUGUUUC